AUGCUCCUGUUCCUCCUAAACCUGAUGUUCCUGUUCCUCCUAAACCUGAUGUUCCUGUUCCUCCUAAACCUGAUGUUCCUGUUCCUCCUAAACCUGAUGCUCCUGUUCCUCCUAAACCUGAUGCUGCUGUUCCUCCUAAACCUGAUGUUCCUGUUCCUCCUAAACCUGAUGUUCCUGUUCCUCCUAAACCUGAUGCUCCUGUUCCUCCUAAACCUGAUGCUCCUGUUCCUCCUAAACCUGAUGCUGCUGUUCCUCCUAAACCUGAUGCUCCUGUUCCUCCUAAACCUGAUGCUCCUGUUCCUCCUAAACCUGAUGCUCCUGUUCCUCCUAAACCUGAUGCUCCUGUUCCUCCUAAACCUGAUGCUCCUGUUCCUCCUAAACCUGAUGCUGCUGUUCCUCCUAUAG